AUGGGCCCAGACUCGCCACUCGCCGCGGGUAAUGUGGGCGAGGGCGACGUGCUCUUGUCUCUCAAUGGCUGCUCCUUAGUCGACGUGUCCAAUGCAGAAGCUGCCCGCCUGCAACAAGCCUUGGUUGGAUCCGGUCAGGUUCACCAACGCCUCGUGACGCUGGACACCCAGGGAGCAUCGCCUGGCAUAUCGUUUGUAGCCGAUGCCGCGCGCCACGUGCGCAUUCUCUCCGUGGUACCUGGUAGCGUGGCAGCCACGGCUGGUGUGCAAGCCGGUUCACAACGCUCGCGCAGCUUACAUCGGACGGGCAGUUAUUCAAGUCUUGGGUCCAACUUCACAGAGGAUCCCAUUGCAAACAUCAAUGAUUUGCUACAGGCUGUGGAGGCUUCGCAUCACCGAUUGACGGCCGCACAAAGGGCAACCAUCCGGCAGUUGUGUGAGCCCGACAGCGCUGGCCUAGUCACCCGACACCGCUUCCAGCGAGCGUACGACAUGGUCAUGCAUGGGCCGAGCUCCAUCUCCGGCCAGCAGUCACGAGCAUCCUUUGUGAGCGACGUGGAUAUGGACGGCUCUUUUGCACCGACGCGUCAAACCGACGCAGGUUCUUCGAUCAUUGAUCCCACCCACAUCAAUUUGUCUGGUCUGGAUGACGAGACCCCUCGACUCCAAAGUCAGCUGCUUGCUGCUCGCGAGACGAUCGAGCGCCUACAGAAGGAAAACGCCAACUUGAAGAACCGCGAGAAGUACGAACGAUCUGCUGCCACACAGUCGCGACAAAUUGAGCGUGACUACGAUGAGAUUGUUGCCCUUCUUGAGGCAGAAAUUGCCCAUUUGCGGGCCCAGCUACGAGCGGGGCCGGACGAAAAGGACACGCAGCUGAUGCACUUGCGCCAACGCGUGUUGGUGCUCGGUGUGCAACUCAACAAGGCAGUCCACGGGCGACAGGCAUCAGAGGCGGCUCUGGAGAAGCUGCGUGACUUUGCCAACCGGACGUUGCGGCGCAUGAUCUUCAUCGGAAACUACGGGCCCCGGUUUGCGGACAAGUCGCUGGCCCUGCGCAGCGAUGGGACGCUUCAGUAUCGUCCAUCUGAUGGGCCAUUGCCCCCCACCGCACCCUGGGCCGUGGGCGAUGUCUGCCGGGCUCCGCAUCUGUACACGGGCAUGAUGACCCCGGCGGUGAUUGAGAGCAUUCAUGUUCCAGUGCACGCGAGCCGCACAGAGGUGCAGGUGCGAUUUCUUCAGUACGAAGACGUCCCCGAGUUGGAAGUUGUGUCCAUGGAUGCCUUGGAGCCCUUGUCAGAGGAGGAUUUUGUGGUGGCCGCGGCCCGGCAUGGUCGCUUGGCCCAGGCGGUGACCAAGAUGGAGACCACCAAGGCCAACACGACGCUCAACAGCAGUUUUACCAAAACGGAGCGCGAGAUUGAGAGUGAUUGUCGCCGCACCUUGGAAACUGUGGGUGCCCUCUUGGAAGACACUGUGUUGCCGUUUGGCUGGGAGUCUGCCUACACGGCCGAUGGCCUCAAGUACUACAUUGACCAUACAACGCAGACCACAUCGUGGAAGCAUCCGACCAGUCAAACAGAUCGCGCCAUCAACGCCGUUGCUUUCAACGACCGCGAGCGUGCCAUUGAGGCUGACUACAUCCGUCGCCACGAGGCCCGCAUUCGUGAGAUGAAGCAGAAGGAGAAGAGCGCCAUUGCCAGCGAGCGUGAGGAGAUUCUGGCACUGGCCAAGCAGGCCAAGUCGCAGCACGUCAAGGAGUUGCUCCAGGACCUUGCGGAUCACAUCCCCAACUAGACGUCGCCCUUUGCACGAGGCCUUGAGGUCGUCCAAACUGUGACACCGUGUUUUGAAGCUCUCGUCAUGAGAGGUGUCUCUGCCAAGAACCAACGCCCAAGCGACCAUCGGCGUCGUAGUUGCGUCUCGUGGGCCAUGCCCAAGCGCUCAACAACGCCUUUUCUCUUGGUGAAAACAAAUUUUGUGCAAACAAUAAAAAUUAAAACACAAAAGCG